GAAGAAGAAGAAGAAGAAGAGAGGCUUCGUGUGCAACAAAGUAAGGAGUGUGGAGAGCCGUCCGCCUGAGCUUGUUUAUCUUUGUUACGUUUUAAAUCGUUUCUCGCUCGUUCCGCAGCCUUUCUCCACACACCGGAAGUUCCGCACGCACAGACGCCACCGCGGCCGAGCGUUGGCCGCUGUCUGAGACCCCUUCGCGGGCAGAGAAAGAAGCUUUUGAAUUGGGGGGGGGAGAGAAAAAAAAGGCAGUCGUAGCGAACUGGUGUAAAGAAAAAAAGGAAAAAGGAGGGGGGGGGGAGUGGGGGCUCCAGGAGGAACUCAGGUUUACCGCAGCGAGUCAGCCAGCGGAGCCGGAGCCGGGAGCGCCUCGGUCGGGCCGCGGCGCUACGGGGAGCCGGGGCCCGAGAGGGAAGCUGCGGGGGGCCUGCGGCUGGAUGCUAACCUCACCCCCAAGUCACCGUCCGAGAUGGGGGAGACCAAGAUUAUCUACCACCUGGACGACCAGGAGACACCCUACCUAGUCAAGCUGUCCAUGCCGGCGGAGCGGGUCACUCUCGGGGACUUCAAGAACGUCCUCAAGAAGCCCAACUACAAGUUCUUCUUCAAAUCCAUGGACGACGACUUCGGGGUGGUGAAGGAGGAAAUAUCUGAUGACAACGCCAAGCUGCCUUGUUUUAAUGGCCGUGUGGUGUCAUGGCUGGUCUCUGGGGACGGCGCUCACUCAGACGGGGGCUCUGUGGCGGACAGCUUAGAGCCACCACCCUCCUCUGAGAGGACUGGGGGCAUCGGAGACUCCAGACCCCCUUCCUACCAUGGGAAGGCAACGAGCAGUCGGGAUACGCUCGACAACGACACGGAGACGGGAUCCAUGGUGUCGCAGAGGAGGGAGAGGGAGAGGCCCAGACGGAAGCACAGCAACGACCACGGUGGAAGGCAGAAUGGCUACUCCUCGCGGGGCACGGGCCGUGGAGCUGCAGAGUAUGACAGCUGCUCCUCUUUCAUGAGCAGCGAGCUGGAGUCCACUUCCUGUUUCGAUUCAGAGGACGACGACGCCACCAGCAGGUUCAGCAGCUCCACCGAGCAGAGCUCCUCUCGCCUGAUGAGACGACACCGCCGCCGUCGACGGAAACCGAAGACCUCCAACAUGGACCGGUCCUCUUCAUUUAGCAGCAUCACAGACUCUACCAUGUCUCUGAACAUCAUCACCGUCACUCUAAACAUGGAGAAGUACAACUUCCUGGGUAUCAGCAUUGUGGGUCAGAGCAACGAGAGGGGCGAUGGAGGAAUCUACAUCGGCUCCAUCAUGAAGGGAGGGGCGGUGGCCGCAGACGGGCGCAUAGAGCCUGGAGACAUGCUGCUGCAGGUAAACGACAUCAACUUCGAGAACAUGAGUAACGACGAUGCGGUCCGAGUGCUGAGGGACAUUGUGCAUAAGCCAGGACCCAUUACCUUGACUGUGGCCAAGUGCUGGGACCCCAACCCUCGCAGCUGCUUCGCUCUGCCCAGAAGUGAGCCGAUCCGGCCCAUCGACCCGGCUGCUUGGGUUUCCCACACGGCGGCCAUGACGGGGGUGUACCCUGCGUACGGCAUGAGUCCCUCCAUGAGCACGGUCACCUCUACCAGCUCCUCCAUCAGCAGCUCCAUCCCAGAGACCGAACGGUUCGAUGACUUUCACCUGUCCAUCCACAGUGACAUGGCGACGGUCGCUAAAGCCAUGGCGUCCCCAGAGUCCGGCCUGGAGGUGCGAGACAGGAUGUGGCUAAAGAUCACCAUUGCUAAUGCCUUCAUUGGGUCCGACGUCGUGGACUGGCUAUUCCAUCACGUGGAAGGAUUCUCAGACCGCCGAGAGGCUCGGAAAUACGCCAGCAACCUGUUGAAGGCUGGCUACAUCCGACACACCGUCAACAAGAUCACGUUCUCUGAGCAGUGCUACUAUAUCUUUGGAGAUCUCUGUGGUAACAUGACCCACCUCUCCCUCCAUGACCACGAUGGUUCCAGCGGAGGAGCAUCAGACCAGGACACCCUCCCUCCACUGCCCCACCCUGGGGCGGCCCCCUGGCCCAUGGCCCUGCCUUACCAAUUCCCCAUCCCGCAUCCCUACAACCCCCAGCCCACCCAGGAUCUGCCCCAGCCCUAUCCAGGUGGGGCAGGUCAGGGCAGUGCAGGCAGCCAGCACAGCGGAAGCAGCGGUUCGAACUGCAGUAAGAAUGAGGGUCGUAAAUCUGGUGGCAGUGGUAGCGAAUCGGAUAUCCGGAGCCACCGGGCCCCCAGCGAGCGCUCCAUGGCGCCCCCUAGUGAGCGAAGCAUUCGCAGCUCCCUCAGCCACCGCAGUGCCCAUUCCCACUCCAUCUCCUAUGGCCCCGGCCUUGUCUACGGGCCCCCCGGCCUGCCUCCCCAGCCCCCACAUCUGCCCACAGCUGCCCCCGGUGCCCCGCCGGGCAGAGAGCUCGCCACUGUACCCCCUGAACUCACCGCCUCCCGCCAGUCCUUGCGUUUGGCAGUGGGAAACCCCGGGGAGUUCUUUGUCGACGUGAUGUGACGUGGGGGUCGCAAGCCGGCCGCAGAGUAACAGAUUUGGCUCUCUAUUGUUGGGACAGCAUGACAGGACAGGAAGCAUGGAGGCUUGCAGAAGCCGCCGCGGUACAUCAGUGGCUCGAUUCCAGUGUUUUAGAUCAGAAAAGGAGCCAAGCCUGAUAUCUCUUGCUGAAAUAGUUUUUUUUUCUCCCUCUCUCCUCUCUCACGCUUUUCUUCCGAGUAGUAGUGGCCAUACUUUCUUCAGUGAAGAAACCCCCCCGAGAUGGAACCAAAGCACCUUUCUCAGUUUCCUCUCCCUAAUGGGGAAUCGUUCUUUUGUCGGGACAGCGGACAAGGGUGGAAGGCAGGAGGGAGGGGGCGGAAUGGGGGGGGGGGGCGCCGGCAGCUGAGGAAGAUGACUCGGCGUUUUUCUACGUGGAUGUUUUCCGUUUGCUCUUCACUUUUUUUCUUCUGACUCUCCUUAUCUGAACAUUCUCUGCCCCCCCACCCCCUCCCACCCCAUCCACUGCAGAUCAACAGGGAGGGAAGUUGAAAAUGAAGAGAAGAGACACUUCCCUCCUUCCUUUCUCGUACUCUCCACUUGCGGACUCCUGACAGAUCAUGUGGCCAAAAAAAAAAACAACAAAAAACAAAAAAAAAACACAAGUGAAAGAAUGCUGAAAAUGAACACUAACUGUUAACCUUAUUCAGAUGUUUUUUUUGGUUUUUUUUUUAUUGUUUGCUUGACAAAGAGAGAAAGAAAUGGAAAAAUUGUAUGUAGUGCAAAAGAAUUAAGGUCUUUUCUGUAACAAUGCAUUUGUCAUAUAUGUAGCUGGUCACAGGUAGUUUUCACUUUUCAACACUAAAACAUGCGCGUCCAGCUUCAAGAGUCAUUAUUAAACUGCAUAACAUUUUCAUUCUGUUAACCAGAGCAUUUUCAGUCUCUGUCUUGUGAUAAUGUAUAGUGAAAAAAACAAAACAAAACAAAAACAAACAAUUCUUACCGUCUUUCACACUACUCUUUUAUCAAGGAAAAAUGUCUUUUUAUUUAUAAAUAUAGUUUUAUGACUUUA